AGAUGAUUGACAGGGUUCCGUUUCUGCAGGAGUAACGUCGGGUUCUAGAGCCGAGGCCUUCCCGAGCCUGCCUAGGUAUGCGUGCUUACGGCAGCCCAAAUAAAUCGUGCGUCAGCAAGACAAACAAUCAAGACAUCAGCCAUUGACCAACAUCUUACCUCACUUCCGACCUUGCAAGCUGAGGAGGGAAGCAAUGGCGGCUCCGGCACCGCUUCGAGCGACCUCACUGCGCAAUUUGAAUCUAUUGCUCAGAACCGCGCCUCGAUUCGUGCAGAACCAGUUUCGGCGCCAGCAGAGCACAACGUCUGCUUCUUCUUCGGUGAACCCAGAAGAGGUCUCGCAUUUCAAUGCUCUGGCUUCGACGUGGUGGGAUCCACAUGGUUCUUCUCGACUCCUCCAUCUUAUGAAUCCGCUUCGACAUGAUUUCAUCCGAACCUGCCAUGCUUCACAACCAGACGCUCCUCUCAGGUCGGGGUUGAAGUAUCUAGAUAUCGGAUGUGGAGGCGGGAUCUUUGCUGAGAGCGCGGCCAGGCUGGGUAGUACGGGUAGUGUGACGGCUAUUGAUCCUUCGUCUGAGGUUUUAGCUGUUGCGAAGGGACAUGCGAGACGAGAUCCGGGUCUCAAGGACAAAUUAACGUACCUGAAUACCUCGAUUGAAGGACUUCCUCUCCUAACUUCUGCGGAGGAACAGUAUGACCUCCUCUCGCUAUUCGAAGUCAUAGAACAUAUUACCCAUCCAGCGGAGUUCUUGGACAAAUGUACACCGUUUGUGAAACCUGGAGGAUGGAUAGUAAUGAGCACAAUAGCGAGGACGUGGAUGAGUUGGUUUACGACCAAGCUGGUUGCUGAGGAUUUGGCGAGGAUUGUACCGAGAGGAACGCAUGAUUGGGAGAAGUAUAUUAAUGAGGAGGAGUUGAGAGCACAUUUCUUGAGGGAGAGGGGGUGGAACAGUCCGAGAGUUAUGGGGGUUGUUUAUGUGCCUGGGUUGGGAUGGAAGGAGGUCAGUAGUAGUGAGAGGGUGGGGAACUACUUCUUUGGGAUCAGGAAGGACUUUUGAGGACAAGUGCAGAGAGAGGUUGUACGUUUGUGUAUGAUAUGGUAUGGUGAAGACUUGGAGGACGAGAUACCCUGCUUGACAUUGUUCAAUGCAUCGUUGGAAUGUGCUUCUUACUGUCGAAUCUCGUCUAUACUAUGGUCAGACAAUGUGAGACGGCAAUGAUCAACAUCCG